UUUGGUCAUCGUCCCAGCUAGUGAGAGUUUUCAGCUCUCGGUCGCACUGAAAAACCUACAAUCUCCCCCAUCAGCUGAGCUCGAUCGACCUCGUCUCGUCGUAACCCAAUCACAGUUCUUCCCUCUGCGCCUGCGGAUUCAAUUCUCCUAUCCGGAUCGUCUCUCAUCGCCGUCCAGCUUCUCAAGUCCAAAACAGCAGCCAUGAAGGUGAGAUCUUCUGUGAAGAAGAUGUGCGAGUUCUGCAAAGUAAUUAAGCGGCGUGGGAGAGUCUAUGUGCUUUGCAGCUCCAAUCCUAAGCACAAGCAGCGGCAAGGCAUGGCGACGUUUGCCCAUGAAGGCCCCUUGUCUGCAGGGUCUAGUGCAACGAAAGAGAUCCCCUCUAAUCUUGGCCUGCCGUCUCUCAUAUCUAAAAAGCACGAGCCAACAAUGAAGUCCGUUGCAUUUGGAUGGAGUGGGAGCCUUGCAUCUCUCCUCUUCAGGCAAGCGAAAUAAGAUACCGAAACAGUCGUUCUAAUGGAAGCGCAUUGCCUACUAGUAAUGUCAAUACUUAAAAGCCUCCUUUACUUCUUCACCCUGCUGAAACAUGAUUCAGUCUGAAAUCUGGGGAGUUCUUUAUGCUGUUUAUCCUGCCACAGCCCUUUCUUCUGUGCAACAGUCUUAUGAGAGGGAGAUAAGAAAGACGGAGAAGUGAAACUCUACUUUCUACUUCGUAUGCUCAUGCUUAUGAGACUAGUUAUGGCUGAGGUGUUGUGUGAAUCAAGAGAAUGUGAUGGUGUUAGACAUGUAGCCAUACUUUUACAGUCAUCCUGCAUAAUGGAUUCGUUAUCAUAUUCAAGCACUGAAGCAGGUGAAAUGAUAAGAUUGUUAUAUGAUCAGUUUUAGCUGGAAUUGAAUCUGCAGAAUCCUAGUUGCACAUGAUCUGAACGACGGCUGACUGCUGCAGUCUUGACGAUAACUGAUGUGGGCUCGGCUAGUUUGAACCGUGUUUGAAUCAUUGGUCAACAGGUGGAAUCAAUGGAAAGGAUUUUGAUCCUUUAGAAAUUUGCCACGCCGUGGCUUCUGAAAUCGAAAGUAAGUUGCAACUGUGUGGAAUGCGAAAUAUGAAUGAUUCUCCACCUUCCAGAAAGCAUUAUUGGUGAGAAAUUGGUUGAAUUAGAAUUGAGAACACAGCAAAGAAGAUAAGGUGAGGUGAGGAGGGCCCCUCAAUUCACAGCCGAAAUUAAUUGUCAUGCAUAAUUGAGGCCCCAAAACCUAAUGCUUAUUCAUGAAUUUGGCAUAGUGGUUCUGCUCUGUUAUCAUCCAUUUUUAUCUUGACUCGAAGUAUGAAUGAUUAUGGGGCAGGUCGGAGUGGGUAU